AGCUCUGACCCGUGUGCCGAGGGCGUGGGCCGAGCGCACCGUAAGCCCAGCGAGGGUCAGCCGGAGCGCAGCAGCAUGGAGGUGGGCAUGCGGGUGGUGCGCGGUCUGGACUGGAAGUGGGGGAACCAGGAUGAAGGAGAGGGGCACGUGGGCACGGUGGUGGAGAUCGGCCGGCAGGGCAGCACAACUACACCCGACAAGACUGUGGUGGUGCAGUGGGACAGCGGCACUCGGACUAACUACCGCACGGGAUACCAGAGCGCCUACGACCUGCUGCUGUACGACAACGCUCAGAUCGGUGUCCGACAUUCAAACAUCAUCUGUGACAGCUGUAAGAAGCACGGCAUCAUGGGAAUGCGCUGGAAGUGUAAGGUGUGUUUCGACUAUGACCUGUGCACUCAGUGCUACAUGAACAACAAGCACGAGCUGACGCACGCCUUCGAGCGCUACGAGACGGCACAUUCACACCCAGUGGUCUUGACGCCGAGACAGAACCUGUCCAGAAUCAUCCUGAGAGGAAUCUUCCAGGGGGGGAAGGUGGUCCGGGGACCCGACUGGGACUGGGGCAACCAAGACGGAGGCGAGGGGAAGGUGGGGAAGGUGGUGGAUAUUCGUGGAUGGGAUCAGGAAUCAGGUCGAAGCGUGGCCAGUGUCACCUGGUCCAGUGGAACCACAAACGUCUACCGAAUGGGCCACAAGGGCAAGGUGGAUCUCAAAUAUGUGUCUGAUGUGCAGGGAGGAUACUACUACAAGGAACACCUGCCCAAAUUAGGCGAGCACGCGGAGCUGCAGCGGCAGGACAGUGCAGACAGUCACUCGUUCCAGCAGGGUGAUAAGGUCAAGUGUCUGCUGGAGGUGGAGAUCCUCAGACAGAUGCAGGAGGGUCACGGCGGCUGGAACCCAAAAAUGGCAGAGUACAUCUCCAGAAUCGGCAGCGUGCACAGGAUAACGGACCGUGGGGACGUGCGCGUCCAGUACAGUAAUAACAUCCGCUGGACCUUCCACCCCGGAGCGCUGACCAAGGCAAGCCCAUCACAAACCGGCCGCAUUCACCAACAUCCUUUAAGAAAUAAGUUAAGAUAGUUAGGAGUGGUGUGUGUGCAGGUGAACACGUUUGCCGUGGGGGAGCUGGUGAAGGUGCUGGACGACACUGACAGUGUGAAGAGACUCCAGGUGGGCCAUGGAGAGUGGACAGACAGCAUGGCUCCAGCUCUGGGUCAGGUCGGGAAGGUUCUGAAGGUGUAUGCUGACGGUGACCUGCGCGUGGCGUUCGGAGGUCAGACGUGGACCUUUAACCCCUCGUGUCUCUCUGCCGAGCGUGGAGAGGUCGAUGCCAAUCUGAUGACCUCUGAGAACUCCAACGAAUCAGGAAGUACGGUGAUUUCAGUCCUGGAGAAGCUGCUCUCUCAGUCCACAGAGCAGGAUCAUCCGGGCCGGCUGGUUAUCGAGGCGGCUCAUGGGAACGCUGUUAAAGUGCGUGAACUGGCGCAAAAAUACCCUGAGAAGGUGGAUAUUAAGAACCAGGGGAAGACGGCUCUGCAGGUGGCCGCUCAUCAGGGGCAUGUGGAGGUGGUGAAGGCUCUUCUUCAGGCUAACAGCAGCAUUGAAGCUAAAGAUGAAGAUGGAGACGCUGUGCUACAUUACACAGCGUUCGGGAAUCAGGCAGAGAUCGCACGUUUGCUGCUCAGUAAAGGAGCCUGUGUGAACCUGCUGAAUAACUCCAUGUGUACGCCGCUGCACAUCGCUGUCAAUAAAGGCUUCACAGAUGUGGUGAUAGUGUUGACGGAGCACUCGGCAGACAUCAACCUGCAGGAUUCGUAUGGAGAUACACCCUUACAUGACGCCAUUGCUAAAGACUUGAGGAGCAUCAUUGAGAUUCUGACUGUGGUGCCCAGCAUUGAUUUCACACAGCAGAACAACCGCGGCUUCAACCUGCUGCAGCACGCCGCUCUGAAGGGCAACAAACUAGCGACGGAGAUGAUCUUGGCUCGAGCGCGCCAGCUAGCUGACAUUAAGAAGGAAGACGGUUUCUCUGCUCUGCAUCUGGCCGCCUUGAACAACCACUGGGAUGUAGCUGAGAUCCUCCUCAAAGAGGGUCGUUGUGACGUCAACAUUCGCAACAAUCGCAAUCAGACGCCGCUGCAGCUGGCUGUGACUCAGGGUCACGUGGCUCUCGUGGCCCUGCUGGUGACGGAGGGGGCAGAUGUCAAUGCAGAGGAUGAGGAUGGAGACACAGCCAUGCACACGGCCCUCAGCCGCCAGCAGCUGGCCUCUGUCAUGAGCAGCAGCGAGGGAGAAGGAGCAGUGCUCUACAGCAGGUUGUGUAGCUCAGGGCUGAUGGGAAACACGGAGCUGAACGUAGGAGCUGCGAUCGCUUGCUUCUUGGCACAGGAAGGGGCCGAUAUCAGUUAUGCCAACCAUAAAGGUAAAAGCCCACUGGACCUGGUUACAGACAGCAGCGUGCAAACACUCAUCAGGAGCUUCGCAGAAAAACACAGGCUUCAAGCCGUCACGUGUGGCACAGGCAGCAGCAGCAGCAGCAGUCUCAGGCGGGUACACACUACGCCCAACACCAUGACCAACCUGGCCAUGCCCAGCGUGACGGGCCCGAGCGAGUGCCUGAUCUGCUCCGAGCUCGCCCUGCUGGUGCUGUUCUCUCCAUGUCAACACAGCGUGGCCUGCGAGGAAUGUGCUCACAGAAUGAAGAAGUGUAUCCGGUGCCAGGUGACAAUAACAAAGAAAAUUCGGCAAGACCAGACGGAGGUGGAGAGCAGCCCCAGCUCAGAGAACUCAGAGAAGCACAACCUGCUGGAGCAGCUGCAGUCUCGCUACAGACAGAUGGAGGAGCGCAUCACCUGCCCCAUCUGCAUCGACAACCACAUCAAGCUGGUGUUCCAGUGCGGACACGCCUCCUGCAUCGACUGCAGCGCCGCGCUCAAGACCUGCCCCAUCUGCAGACAGACCAUCCGCGAGAGGAUCCAGCUGUUCGUCUGA